AUGGGAAAGGGAAGACGAAGCAGCUACACUUUCUUUGUCAAAUUAAUCCUGCAUGAAUGUUGCAAGCUGCUGGAGAAUGGAUGCUGCUGGAGAAUGGAUGCUGCUGGAGAGUGGAUGCUGCUGGAGAGUGGAUGCUGCUGGAGAGUGGAUGCUGCUGGAGAGUGGAUGCUGCUGGAGAGUGGAUGCUGCUGGAGAAUAGAUGCUGCUGAAGAAUAG